ACAGGAGACCUAACACUUUCUACCCCUGGGUUUGCAUCUCUCAUAUUGUGGGCAGCCUAAUUGUCUCAAACCCAUACAACUUUUUCUUGUUCCUUGUGAAGCAUCAGAAAUGAAUUGAUAUCACUUGGUAAUAAUUCAGACACUUGAUUACUGAAUCCUUGUAAGGAUUGUUAUGUUUUCCUUAAUCAGUAGUGGUGUCAGAUUAUCAAUGUGCCGCUUAAUGUGCAUUUCCAUAGCUGUGUGCAAUGCAGCAGCCGAAGAGAAAUCAGCCGCAGACUUCCUCAUCAGGACCACGCGCCAGUCUUACCAAUAUUUUGUUUGGUAGCUUAAACUCUAAGGAAAAUGUUAUCAAACCUAAAGUCCAGAGUGCUGUCAAAGGGGCUCUGGGUCCCCACAACAGCCGCAAGCGAAGUCGCCCAAGUUCUAGCCCUGGUUCUGAUGGCGCCGCAUCAUCUCCGAAGAAGGUUGCAGGAAAUCGACAAAUGUACAAUAAAUCCAAUUCUCGACGUUCAAGGACUUCUCCUCGGUAUGUAAGGCCAGUUGUGGCUGGAAGGGACAAUGAUGUGUCACUAGAUACCAGCGCAGUACCCAGUGCUCACAGAGACUACAUCCUGUUCAGUCCUGCUCAUCAGGCAUCUAUACUGGAAAAGCACAAGCAGCGAGUGCAACAGAACAGCACCGCCAAUCUCUCUGUGUCUGUGCUCACUCCUCCUGCUGGGCUCGAUCGUACGCUGAUGGAGAGCAGCAAGCUCAAUGAUAGUCUCUCUGCUACAGGACAAGGGCAGCAUAUGGCGGCUCCUGAUGAGCUGGCAGACAAACUGCUGCUGGCCAGCUGGGGUCUUCCUAAAGCGGUGCUAGAGAAGUAUCGCAGUGUGGGCGUGGUGCAGAUGUUUGAGUGGCAGGCGGAAUGUCUCCUGCUUGGGCAAGUGCUGGAAGGAAAGAACUUGGUAUAUUCAGCUCCUACAAGUGCCGGGAAGACGCUAGUUGCUGAGCUGCUCAUUUUAAAGAGAGUUCUGGAAACCCGGAAGAAAGCUUUGUUCAUCCUUCCGUUUGUUUCUGUAGCCAAAGAGAAGACCUAUUAUUUGCAGAACCUAUUCCAGGAGGUUGGGGUGAAGGUGGAAGGUUACAUGGGCAGCUCAUCACCGGCCGGUGGCUUCUCUUCUCUAGAUGUUGCUGUUUGUACCAUAGAGAAAGCCAAUGGCCUGGUCAAUCGUCUGAUAGAAGAAAAUAAGAUGGAUCUAUUGGGGAUGAUGGUUGUAGACGAGCUGCACAUGCUGGGAGAUUCCCACCGAGGAUACCUGCUCGAGCUGCUUCUCACGAAGAUUCGCUACGUCACGCAGAAGGCAGCUGUAAGAAUCAGUAACAAGCAGAAUGGCAUUCGGAGUGAUGUGCAGAUUGUUGGUAUGAGUGCCACACUGCCAAACCUGGAUCUGUUAGCUUCUUGGAUUGAUGCUGAGCUGUACCAUACAGACUUCCGACCUGUGCCGCUUAUGGAAUGGGUGAAAAUUGGCAAAACUGUGUAUGACUCAUCAAUGACCCCAAUACGGGAAUUUGAGCCAUUAAUCGAUGUAAAGGGAGAUGAGGAUCACAUUGUCGGCCUGUGUUAUGAGACCGUACAUGGCGGCCACUCCAUUUUAAUCUUUUGUCCUUCUAAAAACUGGUGUGAGAAGCUAGCAGACACCAUCGCUCGGGAGUUUUACAACCUGUAUCACAGGGCUGCUCAGCAGCCAGAAGCCACCAUCUCUCCUGUGGCGCUGGACAAGGAUGGAAUUCAGGAUGUUGUUGAUCAGCUGAAGCGUUCCCCGGCUGGGCUGGAUGCUGUUCUGGGGCGUACGGUUCCCUGGGGAGUUGCUUUCCAUCACGCUGGACUAACGUUUGACGAGCGGGAUAUAAUUGAAGGUGCUUUCCGUCAAGGCUUUGUCCGUGUGUUGGCAGCAACAUCUACUCUUUCCUCUGGGGUAAACCUUCCUGCUCGUCGCGUCAUUGUUAGAAGUCCGCUUUUUAAUGGGCGUCUCCUGGACAUUCUGACCUAUAAGCAGAUGGCUGGAAGAGCUGGGAGAAAAGGAGUGGACACUGUGGGUGAGAGCAUCCUCGUAUGUAAAAAUACUGAACGGUCCAAGGGCAUAAGUCUUCUUCAGGGGUCACUAAAGCCCGUCCACAGCUGCUUACUUAGAAAAGAGGGUAUGGGGGUUACGGGAAGCAUGAUACGUGCAAUUCUUGAGAUCAUAGUCGGGGGAGUGGCAGACACCCCAGAGGAUGUUCGGAUUUAUGCCUCCUGCACCCUACUGGCUGCCACCAUGAAGAGUGAAGGGUCCCAGGACAGUGAGCAGGAAGGGGGAGCCAUUGAAGCCUGUGUGGAGUGGCUGUUGAAGAACGAGUUCAUCCACAUUUUGGAGGAAGAUAGAGAUGGAACCAAAGUGGAGGUUUAUCGGCCUACAAAGCUGGGUUCUGCCACUCUUUCCUCCUCUCUCUCUCCCUGUGAAGCUUUGGGAAUAUUUGCUGAUUUGCAGAGAGCGAUGAAAGGCUUCGUCCUGGAGAAUGACCUGCACAUUCUGUAUCUGGUCACUCCUGUUUAUGAGGAAUGGACAACCAUUGACUGGUACCAGUUUUUCUGCCUAUGGGAGAAGCUUCCUGUCUCCAUGAAGCGUGUGGCAGAGCUGGUGGGGAUUGAAGAAGGAUUCUUGGCGCGUUCAGUAAAAGGGAAAAUAAUCGCCAAGAAUGAACGUCAGCACCGGCAGAUAGCUAUCCAUAGAAGGUUUUUCACAAGCCUUGUGCUUCUGGAUUUAAUCAGUGAAGUUCCUUUGAGGGAGCUUACUAGAAAAUACAGCUGCAGUCGUGGGCAGCUUCAGUCCCUGCAGCAGUCGGCAGCCACCUAUGCAGGGAUGGUGACAGUGUUCGGUAGCCGUCUUGGCUGGCACAACAUGGAGCUGCUGCUAUCCCAGUUUCAGAGUCGUCUCACCUUUGGGAUUCAGAGAGAACUCUGUGACCUGGUCCGCAUUGAUCUGCUAAAUGCUCAGAGGGCUCGCGCUCUAUACAAUGCCGGCUUUAUCACUGUCUCGGUCCUGGCCAGGGGAAAUGUCAUUGAUGUAGAAACAGCCUUAAAGAAUGCAGUGCCCUUUAAAAGUGUCCGCAGGGCAGUGGAUGAAGAUGAAGAGGCCGCGCAGGAGCGACGAGCUGCCCGCUGCAUUUGGAUAAGUGGGAGAAAGGGCCUGACAGAGAGGGAGGCAGCAGAGCUCAUUGUGGAGGAGGCAAGGAAGCUUCUGAAACAGGACUUGGCCAUGAUUGGUGUCCACUGGGAUCCCGAUUCAAGUAUGAACACGUCACAUAGCUCUGAGAUUUUACCUGCACGUGAUCUAGAACCCACCGCAAAAUCGCACCCAAAUAAGACCCUGCCACAUAAAGUUCUUACCAGUCAGAAUUCGGGUCCAGAGCAUUUCCAAAAUGAAGAAAUCCCUGUAAGUAAUACAGUAGGUCAUGCUCUUAAGCAUUCAAAUUUGACUAAAUCUAAUGCUUUACGUGGCAAUGAAAUGGAGAAACUACACUUGGAAAUAAGGGAUGGCAGGAAUAGUAAGGAAAAUGUUCUAGAACCAGUACCAAGAACUGAAGAGAGAUGUUCCAUCAAGACAAAAGUAAAUUGUGAUGUGAUGCCAAUAAAGUCAGAGGUUUUAUCUGCUGUUGACAUUCAAAAGAUAAACAGAGAUGAGGAUGUGUGUAUUAGAGAUUUAGUCCUAAAAGACAAAAUGCAGCACUGUGUGCAGGAGAUGUCAGCAGCGAAUACACUUGGUGUAAAAUCCAUCAUUAACAAGCCAACAUGUGACUCUGAUAAAGUGUUGUUAAGUAACAGUAAAAUGGAAGAUGUCCAAAUCAUGUCAAAGGAAAUUGGUCAACAGACAGUAAUGAAAGAGACUGUUUCUGCCGCGGUACACAAAGCACAUCCGUUUAAAUAUGAAUUUGAGACAGAAUGUAAAACAAAUGAGGCAGCUUGUGACUUGCCAGGCUCUGUUGGCACAGAGAACAUUACUAGUGGAGCCAGAACAGAUUGCCAAAACACACAGCUACCUGCCGCUUCCAGGAUAUUGGAUGUAGCCCCACACCCAGAAAAAGAGAAUAUCGCUCAUCUCUGUCCAACAGAGGACAGAAGAGAGAUUGCUACAUUAGGUAAUAAGCAUGACCUGAAAAUAAAACCAGACACAGUUUUGUGUGCUGCAAGCUUUUCUGAUAAAAUAAAGUCUCCAGAUAUGUGUGUUACAUCAAAGGGAUUUGAAGACAGUUUCCAGUUGGAUACACAGACUGACAGGCUUAUGCAGCAACAGUUGGCAACUGAAUUCCUCGAUCAGCAGGGAGCCAAAGAUAUGAAACUGGCAGAAAACACUGAUCUGCAAUACUCAGUUAAUCAAAGCCUUGUUGACACUUUACAAACUGAUAAUCACACACCUGAUAAGGUUGUGCUAAAUGAUGCACUUCAAGAAAAUAACUUUUUAAAGCAUGUAACCCCAAAUGCUCAGUGUGUGGUAUCUGGUAGUCCAGAAUUAAUUGCUCAGGUACAAUUCACAGAGAGUUGUUCUUGGCUUAAAGGUAAUGACAUAUCUCUCACCGAUACACAACUCGAAAGCUUCCUCCAAGUUUACCAGACGCAAACCAAGAAAGGAGAACAAACUAAUUCCAACAGCUAUAGAGUUCAUGUAUCGCCCAGAGUACAAAGCCCAACACAUACAAAAGGUCAGGUAUGUAGUCCGAUGAUUGAAUCAAGUCUCAACAUGAGUGACAGCUUCCUUUUUGACAGCUUUAAUGAGGAUUUAGCCAUUGACACAAAGCCAGUGGAACACAAUGGGCCUGCACAGGCUGCCAUAGAGGAUGAAAAUGAGCCACUAGAGGCGUGUAAUCAAAAUGAAAUGCCUAUUAACUUAAAUCAAGAUGCUCAAGAACAGUCAAACUGUCGUGAUGUCUCCAUUACAUUUUCUCAACUUGAUUCAUUUCAGGUAAUAGAAGCUUUAGACAAUGCUGAGCUUCCCUCUUCAUUUCAGCAACCAGAUAUUACAACAACUAGUCCCACUUAUCCAAACAUGUGGCCCAAUAUUAUAGAUGAGGAGAUUACCAUGCCCACAGACGGUGAGAAUAUGUGUAAUGUAGGCAUUAGGUCAGAACUGAGGGAAACUAUAAAAAAAUCACCAUUGUCUGGUGGGUCAUUUAACUUGAGUCCAGGGAUGCAGGAUGCUUUAGAUCAGUGGCCUAGUCCAUCAGGGAACCUGACUUUUUCUGCAAAUGGUCCUGACAUGUCUAGCAAUUCCACAUCAAACUUCCAACGGCUAACUGAUUUUAAUGAUGAAGAAAACCCACAAAUUCUAAUUUCCAACCAUUCGUUCCUAGAUGUUGACAGUCUGAAUUCCACCCUUAUUGGUGUAUUGGAAAAUAAAAGAAAUUCUGCUUCCAGACCAGGAAGUAGGAAGGAACUUGUCCCUCCAACCCCACCUUCACAAACUGUAACAGGCCGUGUAGUUGGAAUGUCCUUGAUUAAGUCAGGUACUAAUAGGCAAAAGAUGGAAACGCGGAGAAACCCAGCAUUGCUUUCACUGGAAACGGAGGACAGAAUGUUACAUUUGGAAAGAGAGCUACCCAAUCAUGAUCCAGCUGAAGUGCCAGCUCCAAAGUCCCCUAAGGAUACUUCCAUUAUAGAUGAAGGAUUUUCCUUACAGUUGUCUCAGGAUGUUGCUUUUCCUGUGCCCCUGUCCAACUCUGAAGCGUUCAGUAUUAUUGAUGUGGCAAGUGACCAGACACUCUUUCAUACAUUUUUAAAGGAAUGGAGAUCCCAGAAUAGGUUUGCUAUCUCUGUGGCUUGUGAACAAAGAAAACAACCACUGACAUCCAAAACGGUCAUUGGCAAGCGGUUUCAGCAAGUGAGAUCCCCACAGCGUGCCCAGGCAAAGGAUGACGGCCUUCCUAUACAGGGCUGUGAGGACAUCAUCGUGGUUGGGCUGGCCGUCUGCUGGGGGGGAAAGGAUGCAUAUUACCUCUGUCUGCAGAAUGAGCAGGACCAAUCAGACCUGAGCUCUAGCUUGGCUCCUCCUCCUCUGGACCAGAACCUGUCGGUGAAGGACCGGCUUUGGCAUCUUCAGUCUGUCCUGCAGCAGAUACAUAACCCAGGCGUGCAUCGAACCACUGUCCUCUACAACUUCAUAGAGCAGUACAAGAGCCUUCUGUUGGCGUGCAAAGUCUCUCUGGCCGGGCAGUUCGAGGACCCAAAGGUGGCUUGCUGGUUACUAGAUCCAGGUUCUAAGGAGAGAACCCUUCACAACAUGGUUACAAACUUUAUACCACACGAGUUGCCAAUGCUGGAUGGUGUGGGCACUGGUCAAGGUGUGCAGAGCUUGGGUCUCCGAGUCAACAGUGAUCAGUCAGGGCGUUUCAGAGCAACUCUUGAGUCUGUCCUGGUCUUCAGUGUCAUUACUAAACUUAACACCUUGCUGGAGGAGGAGCAUCUGUUGGACGUGUUUCGCAAGGUUGAGAUGCCCACUCAAUACUGCCUAGCGUUGCUGGAGCUGAAUGGCAUUGGGUUUGACACAGAGGAGUGUGAGAUGCAGAAAAACAUCAUGCAAGCCAAGCUCAAUGAGAUCGAGGCUCAGGCUUACCAGCUGGCCGGGCACAGCUUCUCACUAACCAGCCCUGAUGACAUCGCUCAAGUUUUGUUCCUGGAAUUAAAACUUCCACCCAACGGAGAUUUGAAAUCCCAAGGAAACAAGAAAACGUUGGGUUACACAAGGAGAACAGGGGUUAACGGAAACCGGGUCAGGCCUGGAAAGCAAUUCAGUACCACUAAGGAUAUUUUGGAAAAGUUAAAACCUCUGCACCCACUUCCAGGUCUGAUUCUUGAGUGGAAGCGCAUCACAAAUGCAAUGACCAAAGUUGUAUUCCCUCUGCAAAGAGAGAAGUGUUUUCACCCUUCCCUGGGAAUGGACAGGAUCUAUCCAGUGUCUCAGACACACACGGCAACAGGCCGUGUGAGUUUCACAGAACCAAAUAUCCAGAAUGUACCCAAAGACUUUGAGAUUGAAAUGCCACGCUUGGUUGGCGAGAGCCCUCCUUCCCAAGGCCCUGGUACCAAAGUAUGUGGCUUUCUUGGUCGGAGCAGGGGAAGGAAGAAUUCCCGGCCCAUUUCUCUUAGAGCUAUUCUGCCAGUGGAUCAGAUACCCAGUGAGAAAGGGUUGUCGUUCUUUGUCAGCAUGAGACACGCCUUUGUACCGUUCCCAGGGGGACUGAUCCUGGCUGCAGAUUACUCCCAGCUGGAACUACGGAUUCUCGCUCAUCUGUCCAAGGACCGGCGGCUCAUUCAGGUCUUAAACAGUGGGGCAGAUGUUUUCAAGAGCAUUGCAGCUGAAUGGAAGAUGAUUGACCCGGAAACUGUCACAGACAACAUCCGACAACAAGCUAAGCAGAUCUGCUAUGGAAUUAUCUACGGAAUGGGAGCCAGGUCUCUGGCACAGCAGAUGGGAAUUGAGGAGAAUGAUGCUGCCUGCUAUAUUGAAUCCUUUAAAGCCAGAUACACAGGUAUUCACAGGUUUUUAAAGGAGACCGUGAAGAACUGCUCUCGUGAUGGCUUUGUACAAACUAUCUUGGGCAGACGUAGGUAUCUUCCUUCCAUCAAGGACUCCAAUCCUCACGCUAAGGCGCAUGCUGAGCGUCAAGCUGUGAACACUACUGUGCAAGGAUCUGCAGCUGAUAUUGUUAAAACAGCAACAGUGAACAUUCAGAAGCGUCUUGAAAAGACUUUCCCAUCCAUGCCAAAAUCCCAUGGCCACCUUGUACAGACCUCCCUGAAAGGAAGGACAGGCAGACAUAGGAAUCCCUCACCUCCGAACCGAGGGGCUUACUUCAUCCUGCAGCUGCACGAUGAGCUUUUGUACGAGGCAGCUGAAGAUGAUGCAAUUCAGGUGGCGCAGAUUAUAAAGAAAGAGAUGGAAACCGCUGUCAAAUUAUCUGUUACUCUGAAAGCGAAAGUCAAAAUUGGCCCCAGUUGGGGCAGCCUGCAGGAUUUUGACCUGUAGACGGAUCAAGCAAAUUAACUGCUGCUUAGGAAGAAAAAGAAUAAAAAAAUAAUGCUGCUAUGAAAAAACAAAUUAAUACAAACGCUCAGAACUAGAACAGAUACUGUGCAAUGUAUUUGACAAGUGCUAGCGCCCAGGUGGUGAACAUAAUGAUGUGUAAUGGGGUACGGCUGACGGCUCGCACUAACGCUGACUUUUUAUCAUACUCAUCGUUAUAGGUUAUGAUAUAAUUUAUUCAUAAAACAAGAGAUUGCUCUUGCUGCUUAAGUUCUAUUGUCAUCAGACGCGACAGAUUAACUUAAAGGGAUAUAAAACCCCAAAUUUGUUUUUCACGAUUCACAUAGAUCUUACAAUUAAUCACGUUUGCUUCAUUAUUUUAGUUCUCUUUGUUGAAAGAGCAGCAAUGCACUACUGGGAUCUAGCUAAAAGCCAUUGAAAAUAGGCAUAUAUGUGCAUCCACCAAUCAGCAGCUUCUGAGCCUACAUAGGUAUGUUUUUCAACAAAGGAUAUAAAGAGAACAAAACAAAUUAGAUAAUAGAACUACACUGUGAAGAUAUUUAAAAUCCUGCUGUAUCUGAAUCAUGAAAUAGAAAAUAUUGGGUUUCGUGUCAUUUUAAGUCUUUAGUUUUAUUAACAAAUGAACUUAACCGCUGAAUGGAAGUGGCGCUAUUUUUGUAUCUUGUGACGCUGCUGGACAGAACUAUGUAGUUGGUUGUAGUUCUCUUUUUAAAGGCAAACAGCCACUAUUUUAUAAUGAAAUGCAGUUUGCUAUUUUUAAACAAUACUAUAUGCUUAGAUGUGUAAAUAUAUGAACUUAUUAUUGAUAUAUAUCACUUUAAAUCCCAUCUUGUAUAUGUGUCUAUUUUCUAUUGUCUCGCUAUAUUGUAUUUAUUUAUUUCUACUAAUUGAUCACAAAUAUGAAAUCUAUUUAAAAAAAAAGCCAAUAAAAGCUAUUAAAACGCU